AUGACUUCUUCCAGGACCUUUCGAUUAGGAGAUUCUUCCUCCUCUUCAUCUCCUUCCAUUCGUCCCUGGAAUCAUGAUGUAUUUUUGAGCUUUAGAGGUGAAGAUGUUCGCCAUAACUUUAUUUCUCAUCUAAAUCAUGCUUUGCUUCAAAAUGGAAUCAAGACUUACAUAGACAACAAUCUUGAAAGAGGGGAGGAAAUUUCACCGGCACUUUUCAAAGCUAUUGAAGGGUCAAUGAUUUCUAUCAUUGUACUCUCUAAAAACUAUGUAGAAUCUAGGUGGUGCUUAGACGAGCUAUUGAAGUUUCUUGAUUGCAUGGAAACAAUGAAACAAAUUGUUCUACCAAUUUUUUACCACGUAGAUCCAUCGGAAGUACGGCAUCAAAAAGGGAUUUUUGGAGAAUCCUUUGAUAAACUUGGAGAUAACGCAAAGAAGUUGAAAUGGAAGGUAGCUUUGAAAACAGUAGCCGAUUUGUCUGGUUUCCCAUUAGCAAACAACUUCCGGUAA